CCAGUGAUUACAUACUCUUUGCCCUACGCUGGAUUUGUAAUGAUUUUGAUUUGCGUGGUUAGUAAUUUUCUUGUAUGUUAUGUGCAGAUGUGUUAAAACUUAAUGUGAUUUGUGGUUCACUGAGACUUGCAUUACUGUUCGGUCCAUGUUAGAUUAACAAUGGAUAAAAUACCCAGGACUCAUGAAGCCAUAGAGGCACAGAUACGAGAAAUACAGUCAAAGAAAAGUGAAUUGCCUGAAAAUGGUUCAGGAAAAGGUGUUUCGCUUGGUGAUUCAUACUAUGAUAGUGACAUUUAUGAUAAUGCAACACAAAAAGGGAAAUCCAGAUAUGAUGGCUAUGUGACAUCUAUUGCUGCCAAUGAUGAAGUUGAGGAUGAAGAUGUGGAGAAUGUCCCAAUAUCACAAAAGAGACCUGGUUACACUGCACCAGCAUCAUUACUUAAUGAUAUAGCACAGAGUGACAAAGAUUAUGACCCAUUUGCAGACAAAAGAAGGCCUACAAUUGCAGAUAGAGAAGAUGAAUAUCGUCAGAAGAGGCGUCGGAUGAUUAUAUCUCCUGAACGCUCAGACCCAUUUGCAGAAGGUGGGAAAACUCCAGAUGUUGGCUCUAGGACCUAUACAGAAAUUAUGAAAGAGCAAUACCUCAGAGCUGAAGAGACUGAAUUGAGAAAAAAACUAUUAGAGAGAGCCCGAGAGGGUACUCUAAAACCAGUGGCACAAUCAAAUGGAGAGAGUUUAAAGCCGGCUUCUGCUAAACGCAAAGGUCGCUGGGAUCAAAGUUCAGAAGAUACACCUUCAGUGAAGAAACCAGUUCUUUCAGUAACACCAAGCUCCCAGACUACACCGUCAUGGGAAAAUGAGCGCGGCGCAUGGGAGGAGACGCCGGGUGCGGGCGGGCGCGGCGGGGACACGCCGGGCGCCACGCCGUCGGCGCGCGUGUGGGACGCCACGCCCGCGCAUCUCACGCCCGGCCACGCCACGCCGGGCCGCGACACGCCCGCGCAGCACGCCUCGCGCCGCAAUCGCUGGGAUGAGACGCCCAAAACCGACAGAGAAACGCCCGGGCACGCGAGUGGAUGGGCCGAGACGCCGCGCACUGAUCGAGGCGCCGGCGUCGACACUAUCCAAGAGACGCCCACGCCCGGCACCAAGCGCCGCUCGCGUUGGGACGAGACGCCCGGUGCCACGCCGGUGCCCGCCACGCCCACGCCGUCGCACGCUACGCCGUCGCACGCCACGCCAUCGCACGCCACACCAUCGCAUGGCACGCCCACGCCACACACGCCCGUCUUUACUCCUGGUGGCUCAACACCGGUGGGCGUUAAGGCUAUGGCCAUGGCCACGCCCACCCCGGGGCACAUCGCGGCCAUGACGCCGGAACAGCUGCAAGCUUACCGCUGGGAAAAAGAGAUAGACGAACGCAACAGACCCUACACUGAUGAAGAGCUAGAUGCCAUGUUCCCAGCCGGGUACAAGGUUUUGCCUCCCCCUGCAGGUUAUGUUCCGAUUCGGACGCCGGCGCGUAAGCUGACCGCCACGCCCACGCCUUUGGCGGGUACCCCAAUCGGCUUUUUCAUGCAGACGGAGGAAGUGGGCGGCAGCGCGGCGGCGGCGGCGCGCCUGCUGGAGCCGCAGCCCAAGGGCGCGCAGCAGCUGCCCUUCAUGAAGCCCGAGGACGCGCAGUACUUCGACAAACUGCUCGUCGACGUGGACGAGGACGCGCUCUCGCCGGAUGAGCUCAAGGAGCGCAAGAUCAUGAAGCUCUUGCUGAAGAUCAAAAAUGGAACUCCACCAAUGUGCAAAGCAGCACUCAGGCAGAUCACAGACAAGGCUCGCGACUUCGGCGCGGGGCCGCUUUUCAACCAAAUCCUGCCUCUAUUGAUGAGCCCUACGCUUGAGGACCAGGAGCGACAUUUGCUUGUUAAAGUGAUUGACAGAAUUCUGUACAAAUUAGACGAUUUGGUUCGUCCCUACGUGCAUAAGAUUUUGGUAGUGAUAGAACCUUUACUUAUUGAUGAAGACUACUACGCUCGCGUGGAAGGUCGUGAGAUCAUAUCGAAUCUGGCCAAAGCUGCCGGCCUCGCCACUAUGAUCUCCACCAUGAGGCCGGAUAUUGAUAAUAUUGAUGAAUACGUUCGUAACACUACUGCCAGGGCUUUCGCUGUCGUUGCAUCCGCCUUAGGCAUCCCGUCUCUGCUGCCAUUCUUGAAAGCUGUGUGCAGAUCGAAGAAGUCGUGGCAAGCUCGGCACACUGGUAUUAAAAUUGUGCAACAGAUUGCUAUUCUGAUGGGGUGUGCUAUAUUACCACAUCUGAAGUCACUUGUGGAGAUUAUUGAACAUGGGUUAGUGGAUGAGCAGCAGAAAGUGCGUACAAUUACCGCCUUAGCAAGCGCAGCCCUCGCCGAAGCGGCCACGCCCUACGGUAUCGAGUCCUUCGACUCUGUGCUCAAACCCCUGUGGAAGGGUAUCAGGACCCAUCGUGGUAAAGGUCUAGCCGCCUUCCUCAAAGCCAUCGGUUACCUCAUCCCUCUGAUGGACGCCGAGUAUGCGAACUAUUACACGCGUGAGGUGAUGCUUAUCCUGAUUCGUGAGUUCCAGUCGCCCGAUGAGGAAAUGAAAAAGAUUGUGCUGAAAGUCGUCAAGCAAUGUUGUGGUACCGAUGGUGUGGAGCCUCAGUACAUAAUGGAUGAGAUUCUUCCACACUUUUUCAAACAUUUUUGGAACCAUCGUAUGGCCCUUGACCGUCGCAAUUAUCGACAACUUGUCGACACUACAGUCGAAAUAGCCAACAAGGUUGGUGCAUCAGAAAUAAUAAACAGAAUUGUAGACGACCUUAAAGACGACAAUGAACAGUAUAGAAAAAUGGUCAUGGAAUCCAUUGAGAAGAUUCUCGCCAACCUGGGCGCAGCGGACAUUGACUCCAAGCUUGAAGAAGCUUUGAUUGACGGCAUCCUCUAUGCAUUUCAAGAACAGACUACUGAGGAUGUUGUAAUGCUAAACGGGUUCGGCACAAUAGUGAAUCAGUUGGGUAAGCGAGUGAAGCCGUACCUACCUCAGAUCUGCGGUAUCAUUCUAUGGCGCAUGAACAACAAAUCUGCCAAGGUCCGUCAACAGGCUGCCGAUCUCAUUUCUCGCAUUGCUGUUGUCAUGAAAACUUGUCAGGAGGAAAAACUCAUGGGUCAUCUUGGAGUGGUACUGUAUGAAUACCUGGGUGAAGAGUACCCCGAGGUGCUGGGCUCUAUCCUAGGCGCUCUGAAGGCUAUCGUCAACGUCAUCGGUAUGACGAAGAUGACGCCGCCCAUCAAAGACCUCCUGCCCAGAUUAACACCUAUUUUGAAAAACAGACAUGAAAAAGUGCAAGAGAAUUGCAUCGAUCUAGUCGGACGUAUUGCAGACAGAGGGCCCGAGUUUGUCUCGGCGAGGGAAUGGAUGAGGAUAUGCUUUGAGCUGCUGGAGUUGCUGAAAGCGCACAAGAAAGCCAUCAGAAGAGCAACGGUCAACACGUUCGGUUAUAUUGCCAAGGCGAUCGGCCCGCACGACGUGCUGGCUACCUUGCUCAACAAUCUAAAAGUACAAGAGCGACAAAACAGGGUAUGCACCACCGUCGCCAUUGCUAUAGUAGCAGAAACCUGUUCCCCGUUUACAGUGUUGCCAGCUCUUAUGAAUGAAUACAGAGUGCCAGAGUUGAACGUGCAAAAUGGAGUUCUCAAGUCCUUGUCAUUCUUGUUUGAGUAUAUUGGAGAAAUGGGCAAAGACUACAUUUAUGCGGUCUGCCCCUUGCUUGAAGAUGCUCUUAUGGACAGGGAUCUCGUCCACCGACAAACUGCGUGCGCAGCCAUCAAGCACAUGGCGCUAGGCGUGUACGGUUUCGGCUGCGAGGACGCGCUCGUGCACCUGCUCAACCACGUGUGGCCCAACAUCUUCGAGACGUCGCCGCAUCUCGUGCAGGCCUUCAUGGACGCCGUCGAAGGCAUGCGCGUCGCGCUCGGACCCGUCAAGAUACUGCAGUACGCCUUGCAGGGCUUGUUCCACCCAGCGAGGAAAGUGCGCGACGUUUAUUGGAAAAUAUAUAACACGUUGUACAUCGGAGGACAAGAUGCGUUGGUCGCCGGCUACCCCAGGAUACACAAUGACCCAAACAAUCACUUUGUUAGAUAUGAAUUAGAUUAUUUGUUGUAACGCGUAAUUUAAUACAAACAGUACGUGUGAAACUAGAAAAUUGUUUGAUUCAAUAUAAAUUAAUAUAGUGCAUAUUAUAUAAUACAGCAAACAGAUAAUUGCUCUUCUCCCUCAUUUAUUUAUUACUAGAUUGCACGCAAAACUGUUUUAACUCAAAAAAUACUUUUCAGAAAGUAAGACAAAAAAAUAACUUUUUUAUAAUUUACAGAUGUGUGCGUGUUAUAAAAAAAUGAUUGAAGAAAUUACUGUGCUUUAAAUAUUGCUAGGUAGUAGGUACUACAGUUUUUACGUAUAAAUAAGACGUUACAACAAAAGGCAAGGUUUUUGAAUUGAAACAGUUUAAAUCUAGGGGUGCGAAAUAUAAAUAGUCUAAGCACUUGCACAGCACGCAUUAUUGUGCGUAUGUGAGCUGAGUAACGCGAUGCACGUAAUUUUCACAUCGAUGCGCACAAUUGUAGGGAAAUCCGCGCAAAUAUAGUAAUUGCAUUUGCGUCAGGUAAAAAUAACUCAAGACAUUGCGCAAUUUAUCGUGUCAUAAUUUCUAUUAUAGUGGAGAGUGGAGAGACUUUGCAUGGCACAGUAUUCAGUUUGAUAUCAAUCAUGGAUAUCAAGCAGUUUAUUAUUUUACUUGUCUUCAAUUUAAAAAAUAUGUACAUAUUUUAAGUAAGAGCUUCUAUUAAUUCUAAUUUGCUUAAAUUGGAUAAAUAAAUACGAAGAACAAAUCGAGA